AUCUUUUAGUCGAAAUGGGAAGACGUCUUCCUGACCGCUGGUUGCAGUAUAAACCAGUAUGCGAAAAAAUAGAUCGUUUCAUUGCCUUCAAGGUCCCUCUGAAUCAGAGUCUUCUUAGUCUCAUUACGGAAUCAAAUGACGUUAGAUUUGGGUGGAAAAAUCUGUCACUGUACCUGCAUCAAAACAGUCUCGUUAUGGGCCUUGUUGUUGAUCUCUGCAAUACCGAUAGAUAUUAUGAGCCAUCUGAUUUAUCAGUUCUUGGGAAUGAAGUUUUCUACCAAAAAUUAUACUGCGAAGGGCAUGACCAGCUCCCGUCAGAAGAUAUCUUCGAGCGCUUCAUAUUCACAAUGCAACGCUUCCGAAGCUUCUCCGAUGGCCUCAUUGGUGUGCACUGCACUCAUGGGGUCAACAGAACCGGGUUUUUGAUUUGUAAAUAUCUCAUUUUAUGCCAAGCGUGGGAGCCAUCGGUUGCAAUAGAGAUGUUUGAAAGUAGCCGAGGUCAUAAAUUUGAUAAGCAAUUUUAUGUUGAUCAUCUGUUAGCACUUAAUCCUGGUAAUCGAGAAUCCGAUAUCUGUGAAAACGAUUUAAAAGGAAUAUUUCUACCAGUUGGAACUCCCAGAUAUACCAGUUUUGAUGCAAUGGUUCCGAUUAAAGUUGAGCCUGGUCCUGAUCACUCAGAGCCUGGUCCUGAUCACUCACAAGAAUCUGGCUCACAGAACGAAAAUCACAGUGAUUUUAAUCAAGUUACUGGCGAUUUACCGCAGCAGGUGAAACGAAGACGUCGCCCGAGAAAACGAAAUAGAAAGCACAAUAAACAAGAACAGUUCAUACAAGUCGAUUGGAAUGAAAGAGAUCUAAAUAUAAAUGAGUCUCAGGCGACAGCACCCGUUUCAUAUGAUGACUCCAGGUUUCAAAAAUCAAACAAAUAUAAGUUGAAACGACACUUUUCGGAGUCCGAUAUUGCGCAGAAACCAAAAACACAUUGCUCUUUUGCCCAGAAAACAAUGUCAAAAUAA